CCCCCUCUCUCAUCUCUUCAUUGCUAAACUAUCAAACCAUCUCAUAUUCAUCAUUCUAUAUUUUCCUUUCUCUUCAACACAUGGAUCAAGAUCACGAGAUUGAAGUUCCAUCUUUCUUUGUCUGCCCAAUAUCAUUAGAAAUCAUGAAGGAUCCAGUCACUGUCUCCACAGGCAUAACCUACGACAGAGAAAGCAUCGAAAAAUGGCUCUUUUCAAAGAAAAACAUUACAUGUCCUGUUACAAAACAACAACUACAAGAUUCAACUGAUCUAACACCAAAUCACACACUUCGAAGAUUAAUCCAAGCAUGGUGUACAUUAAAUGCUUCACAAGGCAUUGAAAGGAUUCCAACUCCAAAACCACCAAUCAACAAAACACAAAUCACAAAACUCAUCAAUGAAGCUUCUUCUCAUAAUUCAUCACCUCUCAUGCAAAUUAAAUCCCUCAAAAGACUUCGAUCCAUUGCUUCUGGCAGUGAAACAAAUAAACGCAUCAUGGAAGAUGCAGGUGUUGUUGAAUUCUUAGCAUCGGUUGUAAUAGACAACAUUGAUCACAAUUCUGCAUCUUUAUUAACAGAGAAUAACCCUGUUGAUGAAUCAUUAAGCAUACUUCAUAAUCUUCAUGUUUCUGAAUCUGGGUUGAAAACUCUGUUAUGUUUCAGAAACGGUGAAUUCAUUGAAUCAUUAACAAAAGUUAUGCAGAAGGGUUUCUUUGAAUCAAGAGCUUAUGCAGUAUUUUUACUGAAAUCUAUGACAGAAGUUGCAGAACCAGUGCAGUUACUACAUCAAAAAACAGAACUUUUUAUGGAAUUAGUGCAAGUUUUGAAGGAUCAAAUAUCAAUCAAAGUAUCAAAAGCAACACUUCAAACUUUGAUUGUGCUUUGUCCAUGGGGAAGAAACAGAAUCAAAGGUGUUGAAGCAGGAACAGUUUCUGUUCUGAUAGAACUUCUGUUAGAUAACUGCAAAGACAGAAAACCAAAUGAAAUGAUGUUGGUUUUGUUGGAGAAUCUUUGUCAGUGUGCUGAAGGAAGAGCUGAACUUUUGAGACAUGGAGCAGGGCUAGCUGUAGUAUCGAAGAAGAUUCUAAGGGUUUCGAGCGUGGCGAAUGAUCGAGGUGUGAGGAUUCUGUUAUCUGUUUCAAGGUUCUCUGCAACUCCAAAUGUUGUUCAAGAAAUGCUUAAACUUGGUGUUGUGGCUAAACUUUGUUUGGUUCUUCAAGUUGAUUGUGGAAGUAAGACUAAAGAGAAAGCAAGUGAGAUACUUAAGAUGCAUGCUAGGGUUUGGAGGAAUUCUCCAUGCAUACCUAGUAAUCUUCUUUCUUCAUAUCCCAAUUAUAUAUGAGAUUAAUUAAUUAAUUACUAGAAUUUUCAUAGAUUCAUUGGGCUAAUUAGCUGGUUGUUCUCGAUCUUAGACAAAUUUAAAUGAUGUACAAAAUUAGUUGAAAAUUAAGACAAUUAGGAGUGAGUUAGAGAGGCAUCAACUAUUGGCCAUAAAAGGUAUAGGUAAUUUGGAUAGGAAUUUAAUUUAAUUCUGAUGAAUGCUUCUUGAUAAUUGAGUACACUAUGCAACAAAUUAUUGACACAAGUUUUUGUUUUUAA